GAAAGCCAACGGACCUUGGGCAGCGGGCACCUCGGACGCCGGCGCCAUGGAUCCGGUCAUAAUGCAGGAGCUGGCCCGCGCCGAGAGCCAGCAGGAUGCUGCGUCCCUGAAGAGGGCUUAUCAGUUGAUCAAGUCCGCCAACCUGGGGAAAUCAGAGUUUGACCCCACAGAAAGCUUCAGCCCCGACCUGUUUGUUUUGUGUGCAGAACAGGCCCUGAAGAUGGGGCAGCCCGAGGUGAGCGAGGACUGCAUCCGGAUGUACUUCAAGGUGAAGGGGCCGGUCACCCAGUUUCUGGGCCGAGCGCACCUGUGCAGGGCCCAGCUGUGUGCCCCCAAGUCCACCGAAAACAUGGAGGAAUUUGAAAAUUGCGUGACUCAGUAUAUGAAGGCAAUCAACUUUGCAAAAGGAGAACCAAGGUAUUACUUCCUGGUGUAUAACGCGUCGGUCCUCUACUGGCAAAUGGUGAGGCCAUUUCUCAAGCCUGGGUAUCAUCACCACGUGAUCCCCAGCCUCUCCCAAAUCGUGAACGUGUUGAAUCAGACUGAGGAGGAGGACAAGGACUGGCCGGCAGAGCUGAUGCUGGAGCUUCUGGAGUGUUAUCUACAAGCUGGAAAAAACGAGGAGGCCGCGAAGUUUUGUGCCACUGCAGCACCAUUCAUCAAGGCUAACGCGCCACAGAAAUAUCGACAAAUAUUUGCUCUUAUGGUCCAACAUGAAUUAAUGGAUGAGCUUCAGUUAAAGGAAGAAAAGAAAAGUUCUAUUAGGCUGUCUGUCACUUUCCAGAUUAAUAUGCUAAAAGCAAAAUUGGAUAAAAAUGAUUUAUCUGAAGAUAUCAACAAAAUUCUGAAGGAUACCUAUAAAUCUUUACGUUAUUACAAUCACCAGCACUUUCCUUCAAUCGGAGAGGAAAAAAUUCUUUUGCUUUUUGAAUUAGCUCAUCUUUCUCUGAUCUUGAAAUGUGGGGAGAUCACCUCUGACUGCCUCUCAGACUUGAAGAAGAUGGACAGCAAAGACCCCGGGACGCUAAUUGAAAUCGAAUGCCUGGAGUAUGAAUUGGAAGCUGUAAGAUUUGCAAAUAAAAUUAAAAUCUACACCCGAGAGGCUGUGGAGACCCAGCUGAAUAUAGUACGGAGACUGGACAUGGUGCUCCAGCGAGCUGUGCGCCUGGGCGACCCACGGGUCAUCCACGUGGUGUGCGCCACGCAGUGGAACGCAUGCCUCCCGCUGCUGCAGCACGACCUGCGGCACCAUCUGCGGAAGUCGCUGACCAGCAUCGCGGAGGUCCUGGAGAAGGUGGACAGCCUCAUGGUUCUGUUCCGUUGCCAAGUGCACAUGGAGAUGGCGUACAUUGAGGAGGACGAGGACCGGCUGGAGCCUGCCAUGGAGCACCUGAAGAAGGCCAUGCUCCUGGACACCCUGGGCCUCUACCAGGACAAGCUCAGGAUGGCCUUCAACCGCCUGCACCUCUGUGCCACGCUUUACCAGGUCCCCGAGCGCACCGAGGACAAGGCCACCUUGGCCAUUGAGCAGGCAAAGAAAGCGAUGCCCGGGGACAGUGUGCACAAGAGGCGGGCGCUGCUGGUGAAGGCGGGCCUGGCCCUGGCCCCUGACACCUUCCAGACCGUGCUCGACAGCGAGAACGAGGCCAAAGUUUCCACCGGGAAAAAGCGGGGCCGCUUCUCCUACCUGUACGCGAAGGCGCGGCACCACUCCCUCAGCGUGGACGAGGCCGCGGGGCACGUGCGGCGCCUGCAGGGCCGGAACGACAAGGAGAGGGUGCAGAUCUGGGCCGAGCUGGCCAAGGUGGCCCGGAAGCAGGGCGUGUGGGAUGUGUGCCGGACGGCCAGCCGCUUCUGCCUCGCGUAUGACGUCGGCAAGGUGGAGCGGCAGGCGAGGCUCAAACGAGGGAAGAAGACGAAGGGCGGGGACGGCGCGGGGCAGGACUCCUCGGGCCAGUCAGAUGCCACCCUGCAGAGGCAGGCGUCCCCCAGCCUGCUGCGCAAGUUCGCGGAGGUGGGGUUCAUCAACGCCGAGGCCACCGUCCACCUGCUGCGAUCAGAGGGCGUGCAGCUAAACGACCGUCCCACGCCCCCCGAGGACCUGAGCCAGCACCCGGUGGGCUACAUACCCGAGUCCCCAGAGGACAACGCCGAGUGGAUCACGUACCGGACCUGGAUAGAGGGCCUGUCGCAGUACGCCAUGAACAGCUGGCUGCGCUCGGCCGACAUCGGGCAGAAGAUACAGGAGGCGUGGCUCGUGCAGAACGCCGUGGCCUGCGUCCUGAACCACAACCAACACCUCAUCACGGCCAGGCGUCAGAGGGAGGUCGUGGGCGCCCUGUACCACCUCCUGGGCGUCACCAAGGCCGUGGGCCACAGCGGAGACUUGGUGCUGCUGGCGAUGCUCUGCGGCACCCUGGCGCGAGGCCUGAUCAUCCCCUGGAUCCCGGCCCCGACGCCAGAGAAGUCUAGAAGACAAGCACGCCCACACCCACUUCGUACACCGCUGGACCCCGAGGCCGCCUCUGACGUCAGGACCGCAGUGGAGGUCUGCGAGUUCGCCCUGAACCUGACCAACGGGACGGUGCCUGAGGAGGCGGUGCCCGUGAGCGCCCGGCAGCAGCUCAUCGCCACGUGGGUGAAGGCCAAGCAGCUCCUGCAGCAGCAGAUCGGGCCGCGCCUGGGCACGGACGAGCAGGGCACCAACGAGGACAUCAACUCGCUGACCAGAGUCCUCGUUGCUCUGGAGAUGUACUCCUGCAACGGGCUGGGCCUCAUGGACUUCACCGUGCCCCCGCUGGCUCAGCUGGUGAAGAUGGCCUCGGAGUGCAGCUGGUCGGACCCCCUUGUGGAGCUGCAGACCCUGACGCGGCUGGCCCACUUCACCUACGUGGCCCGGGACCACGAGGCCACCAUGGCCUGCUCGCAGAAGGCCAUCCAGACAGGCAUCAAGCACCUGCAGGCCUUCAGUCCGUUUGGGGGCGUCGCGGGGAGCAGCGCCCUGGUGAUGCUGGCCGCCCGACACUUCUGGAACGCCUGGCUUCCGCUGCUGUCCUCCGCGGUCAACAGGAGGAAGUGCAGGAGCGCCACUCAGAGGCUCACCAGCAUCCUCAACAAGACGGAGGCCGGGAGGCAGGAAAAAGGGAAGACGCUGCUUCUGCACCAGUGGCCCACAGCCGACUUCCAAAGUGGAGGGACGACGGAAGGGUGUUUUCUCUCAGGGGCCGAGGAUGACCUGACGCUGAGGGCCGCGCUCUACGGCCUGCUCUGCCACAGCCACGCCGACCAGGACGACUGGGAGGGCUGCCUCAAGGUGCUGGAUGAGGCCCUGCAGGUGCUGCCGCGGACGGCGCACCGCCUCUUGAUUUUCAAACAUAUGGUCAUCGUGAAGGCUAGACUCGGCCAGAACUUUAUGAUGGAAAUUCAGAAAUUCAAAGGCCAGAGUGAGGAGUAUCUGGCACACAUGUGGCAGCGCCUGGCCCUCAACUCCAGGAGUGUCCCCGGGGCGCUGAGCUGCUACCACCACGCCAUCCAGGCCCUGCAGAAGCCAGAGAGCAAGUGGCAGAAGGUUGACUGCAUCAUGGAGUUCAGCGAGUGGCUGUACCGCAGGCAGUUUCCUCUUGCCGAUGCCACCUUCCACCUGAAGUGGGCCAUCGGCAUCCUGCUGAGGAUGCAGCCCGACAGCGGCUCCCCGGAGCCGGCAGAAGAGCAGGUGUCCACUCCGGCGGCCCCGGAGGGCCCGGGGGCUGAGGGCUCGGGGCCCCCCUCCUUGGAGAAGCUUCGGAAUGUACGGCAGCUUGAGACGCUGGCCCGCGCCUACACGCUGCUGGCCCUGGUGGUGACCCCAAGCGCCGCCUGCCACCAGGACUACUGCCUCAUGGCCUACACCUUUCUCCGCCGCAUCUGGCAGGUUUCUUUAUUAACAGCAGGAAAAUCAAUUUCAGAGAGUAGAAUUCUAGCAGCAGCGAGUUCACAUUCGUUGUUGCUUCAAAAGGAGAAGGAGAAAAGCAAAGACAGAGAAAAAGACAAGGACAGAGACAAGGACAAGGGCAGAGAGAAAGACAAGGACAAGGACAAGGACAGGGACUCGAAGCAGUUUCAAAGCCCCACUCCUGGCAAACGCCUUGAAGACGUACCAGCAAGCAUAGAAGAGUGGGCUUCCUACGCUUGCCCCGAAGAAGCCAUGUCAGUAUUUAAACGGGAUCAGAGCAACUUUGCCGUCAACCGGUCAACUCUCCAGAAGCCGACGUACAGUUUAUACUAUCUGGACCACCUGGUCGAGGCCCUGCAGAAGAUGUUCCUUCAUGAGCUCACCAUCCCGGUCCUGCAGUUGGGGGUACUCAUUGCAGCCUCCGUGGUCGAGAGCAAGAGCCUCAAGGACCUCUACCACCUCCGACUUGCCCUGGUUUGUUCUGAUUUGAAGUUGAGGGAAGCAGCCGCUUUCCACGAGGAGGUGGUCGGGCACACCUACAUCUGCGAAGUGGAGCAGGCGAGCUGCAGAAAAGAAAUUGCCUUGAAAAAGGAGAAAAAUAAGGAACCGCUAUUAGAAGAAAGUCUGCCAACACUGAGCGAGGCCCCCACUCCAGCCCAGCAAGCAGAGAUGAAGCCCCUCGUAGCAAAGGAUAAGACUUUAAAGAUAAACGGAGAGACCGGCAGGGGCCUGGAUGGAAUGUCCUUCCCGCUGUUGUGGACCCUCAAGGCUGAAGUCCUGCUGGAGAUGGAACUGUACCAGCCUGCGCGGCUGCUCCUGUCAGAGGCGUACCUGGCCUUCCAGGAGCUCGACGAUCCUUGUGCAGAAUCGAAAUGCCUGCACCUGUUGGCACGGUUGGCAAACAAGGAAAAGAAGUACGGGCAAGCUAGGAAGAUGAUCGAGAGGGCCCAGCACCUGGGGGGCAGUGAGCAGUUCUGGUACGAUUCCACCCUGACCCUGGCGGACACGCUCCUGUCCACCGAGAACGAGAGAGGAGAGGCAGUGGUCUGCCAGCUGUUCCAGAAGCUCAUAGAUACCUUCAACGUUCUUAAGAAGGAGAGACCGAACCGAAUGCCCAUAUUGGAAUUCAUGACCACAGACCUAGAAGCCAGGUGUGUGAGCCUCCAGAUCAAAGCCAUCCAGGAGCCGGUGGACUGUGAACCCAUCCCGAACUCGUUUCUGCUGAUGGAAAUGGAUGAUCGCUUGUUGGAAAUUGAGGACAAGUUUACCAGCAUUGGCCACAAGGAGCAGUGUGUGGACAUCAAGCUGGAGCGCGCCCAAAUGAAGAGGUUAUCUGCCCAAAAUGAGAAAGAUGAAGAACGGAAAAUUGCAUGUUACUUGGAAGCAUACGACCUGGUCCAGAGAGCUGCUGCCGAAGAGGAAGAACUAUUUCACCGUAUUCAGGGCUUACUGUCCCUUCAGGGUUUACAGAACGUCAGCACCCCUCUGAUGAGGAGGCUGGCGCACCUCAAGCUCAGCCUCGUGGAGGUGUGUCUGGACACGCUCCAGCUCACGUGGGAGGAGACCCUGGAGCGGCGGCUGGCUCGGGGCUCCGUGGACAAGCUGCUGGCCGACUACCUGCGGAGCCCCAGUGACUACACUUCUGUCGGCCUGAAGUGGUUCACCCUGAAGCGGACCCUGGCGCACACCGUGCUGGCCCAGCUGGGGAGCCUACAGCCACUGUGCGCCGGCUGCGUGGAGCUCCGCGCCCAGCUCCUGGGUCUGGCCGGGAAGGCCCUGCACCUGCUGGCCGUGCGCGCAGACCCCCUGCGUCCCGCCUACUACUGGGAGGAGAGCCUCUUGGGCGGCGCUGAGCUGAGCGGCCUCGGGUGUCUGGAGAUCAUCCAGGAGGACGAGGAGCGCAAGGGGCCCUACGGCAACCUGCUGGCCUUCAGGGCCACCCCCAAGGAGCGCAGCAGGACAGGCUGGAAUCUGAAGAGGAGGAUGGCGCUGGCCCAGCGGUACCUGGCCCAGGCGUCCGAGGUGCUGCUGCAGUGCCUGCAGGUGGCCCUGGGCAGCAACCUCCUGGACGUCGCCGCAGCCGCCAGCCUGGAGAUGGUGGAGUGUGUCGGCACCCUGGACCCCGCGGCCACCUGCCAGUUCCUGGCGCUGUCUCAGAGUUGCUCGGCCUCGGAGGGGAUGCGAGAUGUCCUGCUCACGGCCGCGGCCAACACCAGCAGCUCACAGCUGGCCGCGCUGCUGCAGCUCCAGCACAGGCUGAGGCGCCAGGAGAGGACGUCCACCAACCUGUUUGCCAGUGUGGAGCAGAGACUGGCCGCCAUAUCCAAGGCUUGGCAGAAUCUCCGGGUCACCGAACAGCACUUCAACUUCUUGAGUGAAAUCCCUCCCACUUUGCGGAUCCUCUUUCUGCACCACUCACGGGACAGGACCCAUCUGUACGGCGCUGCCUACGAGAAACCCAAGUUCAUCCCUGCAGCCAAAGGCAAAGUGCCCCAGGUCGGGGGCUCCUGCAAGGUGGCUCGGGUGGCCGUGAGCCCGGCCGCCUUCUCUUCCCUGUUGGCCAGUGCCCAGCAGUUCCGGGAGCACGUCCAGGCCGAGGCGCACAGUGAGGACACGGCCCUGAGCCCAGGCUUGGAGUCCGGAGGCGUGGCCCUGAGAAGGGAAGAACACUCUCUGCAGAGGCUCGCGGAGGUCGUGAAGCGCAUGGAGGGGUAUCUGAGGCCGUUGUUACCGCUGCUUAGCUGCCCCCCGGGAGCCAGAGCACUGGUUCCCACAGUUGUUGCGGAUUUGGGAAAACGCAAGGGCAAAGACAAGGAGAGGAAAGCGUCCCUGCCGCAGGUGCAGCCCGAGGUCGCAGACAACAUCAUCCUGAUCGCUGACAGGCAUCUCCUGGAGCUGCCAUUAGAAGGUCUCUCUGUGUUCGAUGAAGGGAUGGUCUCCUCCGUGUCCCGAGAGUUUUCUCUCCAGAUGCUGUGGAACCGCCUGCAUAGAAAGGAGACAGAAGGGAACGCGAAAAAGGAGAGCAGAGGUAAAGAUCACAGAAAGAGAAGCAUAGCAAAGAAGGGAGCGAAGGGCAUCGUGUCCCGGAUCAUCCCCCCCCACUGCAUCGCGGUCGACGCGGACAACUUCAGAUUCGUUGUGGACCCCUACGAGGAGGCCCGAGGCCCAGAAAUGCUGACUCCUGUCUCCGUGACCCGGGAAAUUUUGGAAAGAUUCCGAGACACGUUCACUGCGAGAUGGGCGGGGCAUCUGGGGAAUAAGCAGUUUCCCAGCCAGGCCGAGUGGGAGCAGCUCCUGGGCAGCUGCGGAGGCUUUUUCUUCUACGGGAUGGAGAGCUUCCUGUCCCAUAUAUUGGUAGAAAGGUUGGCCGCCAUGAACUUGGAAGAGUGCCAGAUGGUGGUCCUGCUGGACCUGGCGCGGUCCCACGAGAGCGUGCGGCGCCACGUGGAGUCCUCGGAGAGCAAGAGUGCACCCCAACUGUCCCUGGAGGGGCCCGUCGAGACGGCCGUCCUCCUGAGUCUGGUGGGGGUCAGGAGCAUCGUGGCGAACCAGUGGCCGACGGACCUGCAGGACAACGCGACGCGGGCGAGCAUCCUGUGGGAAAAUCUGUUGACAGCUGGCCAGCCGAUCGGCAGAACGACCCGCCUCCUUCAGAAGAGGGGAACCGGUGAAACUGUCAACCACGCUGAGUCUCUGCAGGCCUGCGAGGACAGGCUGGUGCUCUUCCGGCCACAGGCGCAGGGCUCGGAGCGGCUCGCCGUCACCCUCAACCUGGUCCUCUACGGGCUGCCGCACCAGGCCAUCGCGUGACGGGGCCGCGCCUCCCCACAGCCCGUCCCCCCCACCCGCCAUCCCCCUCCCUGGUGUCCCCGGCCCCCCCGGCCGUGACCUCCUCCCAGGCUGCGCUGCCAGACGCCCCCCGCCGGCCCCCGUCCUGCACAGGGCGGCACCUGCUUCUCCCUCCACAGUGAAGCCAGGGCCCCGUCGGGGGGAGGAGAGCAUCUCGGGGGGCUCUGCAGCGCGGGUGGGGGGAGGAACGCGUCCAG